GACAGGCGGAGCAGACCCAACGACGGCGAUUCUCGUUCACGCGGAUGUUUACACGCAAGAAACGUCGAGCAGGUCCGGCAGCAGGUUCUUAGUGAGCAUCUGCGAAAUUUCACCUCUAGAGGUCUAACGAAGACAAUGGACAUGCAAAAGUUUUCUGUCACGGUCUGUUUGACAUUCGUGGUAGGAUUCGCACAUGGGCCGGCGCCGGGCGGCGGCGGUGCAACACGCUGUACACACCUCAACAUUAAAUAUUCCGUCCCUCCUUUUGAACGCGAUAUCUCGUCCUCGGUGGCCAGCCUCAAGUGCUAGCGGUGUUGUAUGUCUCUGAAAUGGGCACUUUGCGUAACUCUACACGUGCUAACUCGACGACCGAGUGACGAAUGCGCGCAAAUUUUCCAAGAAACUAACACAGCACGGAGCGAAUUUCACACGUGCCAAAAUGAGAAAUUAUUGCAGUUUAGCGUUAAAGAGCAAAUGAAUGUUGCGAAUCGUUAGACCGUGUACCGUACCCGAUUCCGUGUAGAAGGCCGGGCAUUUCUGCACGCGAAUGCGAGCGCCAACAAAUAGCAGCUAUUAUAAUUUGUACGAGAUAUAUUCUACGAGAGACGUUGGGGGGGCACGAGAGUUCCGAUUUUUUUAUCCUCGCACGCUUCUCUCGCUUGCUGAGAACCGGUUUCAUAUCGACCACGUUUACAUGCGCGUCUCAAAAAGGAAGCGCGACGUGAGCCGAGAAAGGAGCGUAAGGUACGUUUCGGCGAAGCGCAAAUACGCCUUAUUUAAUAUUCGGCGGUGAGAAGAGAGAAAACAGAGUGGAAUUCCGGCGCAAAACGAGCCGAAGGGACGGAUAAUCGGAAUCCUGCCUAGCACAAUGUAAGAUUGCAACAAUUUGUCAUUAAAUGGUAUUGCACUCAUACUUCAUAUGUUAUGAUUCGUAAUCUUCAUCCUAGAUUUUCAUCUAUCAUCGUCGUCUGCCUGCUACCAUUUCCAUGCAAUUUUGCGCAAUUCUAGAGCCGCGAGGUUAAGCACCGCAGACGAUUUUGUAUUGUCGCGCGCAACGACGGGGUUAAAUACUCAAUACGUCCAUUAAUAAAGCAUGAAGCUUUGAGAGAGUGUUUGUUGCGAGUUAGUUACAAACGCUUGCCAUGCACGGCAGUUUGCUCGGUUUAGUCAUUGGUGAAACAUGCCGACGAACCGUCGUUAUGUUCUCUGACGAGUACAAGUCUUGUGAAUACCGUAAAAAAAAAGAGAAAUCGAAAUGGGAAAGAAACAUAUUUGGAAAGACGAGAAAAAGGAAAAUAACUUCUUUGCAGUCGUUUUCAAAAAGGACAAAGAAGAGUGAGUCUACUUGCUCUUAGCGUGUAUAUUUAUCCUUAUUCAGACUUCUAUCCGUGACGUUCGUAAAUCAUGAUUUAUCGCAGUUAAUGCAAUCAAUGUCGAACGACCGGUCAUCGUGCAUAUCGAGAUAUUUAUGUGAGAAAAAAUCAACUUCGGCGAAAACAGUGUUGCAAGAGAAACAUUACUCCUCGAUUUUGAACCUCAGUGAUUAUGUUGAUAUAAUCCUUUUGCUAAAUUAUAUAUGCAUAGACGAUAAAAGUGUUAAAAUGCUAUGUUUUUUAAUUGCUUGAAAACUUUAACUCGGCAUUAAUUUUAAACGAAUUUUGCGGUUGUGUGUAAUUCUUUUUUGCUUCUCAUUGUUAUUCACUAACAGAAAGUUCUCAUCGACUAAGCGUCCACGGCUUAAUUUACAUGUUAAAAUAUGCUCGCGAGAUAUAUCUGCUGAGACUGGUAAUUUGCAUUAACAUUCUGGUAACCUGAUGUGUAUCAAAAAAUACUACACCGUCAUCCACAUAUUUUUUCGAAUUUUUUAUAAAUAUAUUAUAAGAACCAUGCUUGACAUCAGUAGAACCACUAAAAUUCCAAAAUAAUCGCUUGCGAUCGAGCGUAACGUAAAUAAUUGAUGAAAUCUGCCCAUUGCGCAUGAGAAAUCGAGAUCAAGGAUAAUCACUAGAAUGACACUGCAGGAACACCAGCAAUUAAGUCUACGCUAUUCAUCAUUAACCAUUCGAAUGCCGUCACUAGUUGACAUUGUGCCUAUUAAAUAAUAAUUAUGUAUAAUACAAUUGUUUCCUGAGUUAUGUGCAUUGCUAAUAAAAAGUGAAUUAAAAACGACGACGAAAAUAGUUUCUUAAGAGUUGUGUUCUGAAGAAUUUUUAUAGUAAUAUAGAAGUAGACAUUCUUAAGCUUUUGCAAAAUGAAUUAAAAUACGCGCGAUACCAAACGUGCCGUACAUUGUUGCUGAAUUUUUGCUUGUUUCUUUCACCGUCCGCGUCACACAGCGUUACGUUACGCACAUUCACAUACCCAUUACGCGUGUACAGUUAGCCGAUAGUGGCACAACCAGCUGAAUCCUUCUCCGUUUUCAGUCAGUGUUGCGGCCAAUCGGCUGCUCGUUAUCUCGCGAAUUUCCAUGCAGUUUUCACGCGAUUUCCGAGAUCAUCGCGAGGAUAUGACUCCGGAAGAUUAUGUGUCAUCACAUGAUGACGGAGUUGAAUACAUAAGAUGUAUUAAUAAAACAUGCAGUUAAAGAAACGAACGUUUGUCAGAUGCGUAGUGUGACACAACUACAAGUGCGUAGCAGUUUGUUUUAACCGUAAACAGAGCAUGUUCUCGAGCGGACACGGUAAAUCGCGCGGACAUGGCAAGGCGAAGAAAGAGAGUAAUAGCAAGAAACAUCACAUUCGUAAUUGGAUGCACUCGAAGAAAAAGAAAAGGCACGAAGCUAACCUCUUUACCGUGAUAAUGUCGUCCGGCGACUCGUCACCUCCACCACAGGCAUCGAUAUCAUCCUCAGCGGGUUUCGACGUGCUUGACGACGCGAGACUGGAGAAGGUCAUGAUUACGCCUGUAACAUCGACGAAGCCACCGUCGAAACCUACUGCGGACGCUGCCAAGGACAACACCGAGGAGAUAGAAGAGGCGGUGCCGAUCGUACAAAAGACCUUACCCACGCCGGAACCGAAACCGGAGAUCGAAAAGAAUGGUUUCGAUGUGAACGCGAAAAAAUCACCCAACGAGCCAGAUGAUGCCUGUUUAAUCAAUUGCAUUUAUUAUACGCAACAAUGCUGCGAUUGCACAAUAGUCUGAACAAAAAAAUCCUAGUUAAAUAAUGUUAAAAAAAAGCCGGUGCCCUCGCGACUCAUUAUAUCAGUUUCGGGGUUCCUGAAGCGCUUUUUUUUCGGCGCAAAAUUUAGGAUUUGAUAUUACAAUAAGUAUUGCGCGCCAUUAGGAUACUUUGUGAUAUACAAGAAGUAUAAGAAAAUCCUAUCGCGACGUAUAGAAAAUUUUGUAAAUGUGUGUAUAAAUGAACGUGCAAUGCUCAUAAUUACACAUAAGUAUUUGAUGUUAUCGCAUGAUAUUUCAUCGAGCAUCCGACUAUUCGAUUAAAAGCGAUUUGAGAAGCAUACGCGUAAAUAAUUAACUUAUAUUUUUAGAAAAUGUACUUCAGAGAGAAGAAAGUUGCAGCACUGCCAUGACGUGAUAAAAAUUGCGUCAAGAGACAUUGCAAAAGUCAAUUUAAAUAGUCUAUAAGCAUUCCCUCACAUAUGUUAUAGAACAGGUUAUAUUAUACAUUGUAUGUGUCUUCCGUGGCAUUAAUGUUAACAUCGACGACACGCAUUUGACAGUAUUAAUUGUGACAAUCGUUUGGAACAUAUCAGGCAUCGUGUCUGUUCAUUAAUUUGUAAAUUUACGAGUUAAGAAAUCAGUAGCAUGUAGGAAUCGUGUAUAGAUCUUCCAUUUGGAAACAAAAAUAAGACAAAUAAUAUCGAACAGCAUUUUCGAUAUCUGUAUAAGGAUGUAUUUAUUACAAAUCCGAGAGAAGAAUAACCCGAGAACAAUCGCUUUUCUUUAAUGCGUCAGUAACUACAAGUAGAGCGUAUUUCUAUAGCGCAGCUGAUGAUUAAAUCAGACUUUAUUUUACAA